AUUUCCACAAUGUAGAUGCACCCUUAGCAGUCAUUUCGCAACCGGAAGUGUAUCUUUGUCUUCUCCCUGUCUUUGGAACCGUAUCUCUUUGGUCUGGGAAGGGGGCGUGUCCUUCUUGCUGUUGACAGCCUUCGGUUUGUAAAACGCGGGGGCGGGAAAAAACAAUUAAUCCUCCAGCUUUCUCAUUGGCUACUCGCUCAACCAAUCACCGUCGAGGGAGUUUUGAGGCCGACCAAUCAUAGACCGGGAGGAAAAAAAGCGCGCAAAUGAUUUUCGAACUGAGCGAAGGAGCAGAAGAAGAGGCGCCCUGAGAGGAGAGCAAGCGGCGGCGCCAUUUUGUGUCUCUCUGCUGAGAGAGUGAUACACUGAGGAUAUGGCAGCGGUUACUCCAAGGAAAAGGAAAAGGAGUUCUGAAGGCUUGCAGUUCUCACAUGGAAAUCCAGUGAAAAAGCUGAUGAUGGCCUUCCCUGAAGAGCUUCCUCCUGUGGCCAAGGAGCCUUGCGAUCGCAGCUGUGCGUCUCCAGGAAAGCAAGCGUCUACUUUCAGAGAUAAAGAAAACUGCUGCUCACCCCAAAGGCCACCAUCCAGAUCACAGAGACUUGACGUUUCUCCUCUGCAGACGGCCAAUGUGCCAAAGGGAACGCAGAGGGAACGCCCACAAACAACAUCCCCAGAGUCUGGUGCCAAACACAGUUCCGUUGUACCCACCGGUUCGUUUUACAGCAAAGGCAAGCUAUUUCUCAACCUUCUGGAGAGGAAGCUGGCAAAUGAAAGCCAUCCCCUCGGUCUAAGAAACGAUGGUGGGAACCUCCCUGUUGCCAGCAAGACAGAGGCAGCCCAGCUGAAAGUGAUGGCAACCAGGAAGCCAUGCUCAAAAACACGCAAGCGCCCGGCUCCUUCCAGGCAGCCCAGGGCUUUGCCCAAAAGCACUAAUAAGAAAGCCAAACUACAGAUGGCUCCUCUGAAGCCUGUUGAGGGGAAAGAGGUUGCCAGCAGCUCUGUUGAAAAGAAAAUGGAGGCUCCUUUCAAAGUCUUAAGCAUGAAAUUCAAGCCUGCACUAAAACUCCAGACAGGUGCAGCUUUCUUUUCCACUGGAAGGAAGGUGCACUCUGUUUCUAAAAAGGGGCUUUCGUCUCCAUCAUCCUUGCCAUCUGUUAGCAAGGCAUUGGUGAAAGGGAAGCAGGACAAUCUUCUGACACAGACCAAGUCUAGUAUGUCUGCUGAAAGCAAAGCAGCUGAUGGUGGCAAGAAGGGAAGCUAUGUAACUGGAACUGAAAAAGAAGAUAAACAGGAUUGUGUAGAGGAUGAUGGGACACUGGCCCACACUUCAAGUCAACAUAUAGAGACUGUGUGUGAAUCAAGCCUAUUGCAGGAUACUGAGCUCCAGACUCAAUCUGAUGGGUUGAAGGUGCCAGAUCAAAAGGAGACUGAGACUAGGAACCAAGUCUUGGAAGAAAAGUCACAGUCAUCCAGAAGUUUGAAGAAGGAUGAGAAUACAUCCUUCACUAAUCUUUCUAAUGGGAUUAGCAAAGUGUCAGCAUUAGCAGACAGCGCUCGUCUUUUGUUCAGUACACCCUUCAACGACAAAAAAAGACCACAGAUUCUCCCUGAUGAGCCACUCUCAGUUGUGGAAGUCAGUCCAGUAGUACAGAACAUUCCUGCUGUACAGAGAACCAGCAAGAAGACCAAAGAAUUGAGUAAAGGCUUAAAAGAUCAGAUGGUCAUUGAUGCUGGCCAGAAACAUUUUGGUGCCACUGUCUGCAAAUCAUGUGGAAUGGUGUACUCUGCUGCCAAUCCAGAGGACGAAGCCCAUCAUCUCCAAUAUCACCAGAGGCUCCUUGAGGGAAUAAAAUAUGUGAGCUGGAAGAAUGAGCAUGUAGUUGCAGAGUUUUGGGAUGGGAAAAUUGUCUUGAUCAUGUCGGGUGACCCAAAAUAUGUCAUCAAGAAGGCUGAAGAUGUUCGUGAGCUUGUAGAUAAUGAACUUGGAUUUAAACAAACGAUAUUGACCAAUCCAACUCAAAUCCGAACAUACCUAUUUGUAUCUAACGAGAGGAAGAUAAUUGGCUGCUUAAUUGCUGAGCCUGUUGGAAAGGCUUUCCAAGUGCUUUCUGAGCCCACAACACAAUCUCCUACUAAGAACAGCCUGGAGCCUCAGCGUGCGUGGUGUUGUUCGACAAAGCCAGAGAAGGUGUUCUGCGGAAUCAGCCGAAUCUGGGUGUUCAGCCUGAUGCGGAGAAAGCAUAUUGCUAGCCGUAUGGUGGAUGUGCUCAGGCAAACAUUUUGCUUUGGCUCUUACUUAAGCACCAACGAAAUUGCCUUUUCCGAUCCCACACCUGAUGGCAAGCUAUUUGCAGUCAAGUAUUGCCAGACACCCAACUUCCUUGUGUAUAAUUUCAUCAGUUAAGACCAGUCCAGACAACUAGAGCUUGCCUCUUCCUACAGCAAAGGUCUUUACUUUUGAAAAGAUACAUGGUGCCGUUUUUCUUGUACUCUCUUCUGCAUUUUAAUAUUGUAAUGUAAAUUAGAAAUGGUACCAAACCAAGUUUGUGUUCUUUUAAAAUGUUUAAAUCUGGAAGUUAAAAUUUCUGAAGCUGGUUAUAAAGAUUUUGAUUUUAUGGGAAGGAGAACAUCUGUUUAGGCUUUCUAACUAUGGCUAAUGUUUGUUUCAGCCAGUCAUACCUGCUUACCAUCUUUCUAUGCCCAUCAGUCUGCUCUUUUCCCUUCAAAUUGCUUGUUGGAUCUGGGUGAAAGAUGAGCUAAAGAAGGCAACUCUGUUAAGCAGAGUCAAGGCUUCUUUGUGGAAAGAGGGCAGGGUAUGGGAUAUUUUAAUGCUGCUAUGUAGUUAACUUUUUUGCACUUGUUAGUGGAUGCGCAGCACUAGGGAUGUAACCCUGUAACCCUGGCAUGUUGGAUGUAAAUCCAGAAGCUGUAUAAGCUGUGUCUGCAAACCACUGCAAUUCUUGCACUAAACACUGUUAGACUGAGUCUGGACAAAUAAAUAUUUGUGUGUUUUA